CGAUAGAAAAAUUCCCAGAAAACGAAAUUGGAAUUAGUGAUACAGAGAAGAAGAAGAAGAAGAAAUGCAAAAGAUAGCACAAACGUGGUUUACUGGAGGCCCCAGCGAUAAUCUCCAGGAAACGCCGCCGUCCCUACUAGCCGACUGGAACGCUUACGCCUCCUCACAGGACAAUGGAUCGCCGUCCAGUCUCGGCUUCGAUCUCGAAGCUGCCGUUCAGACCGCCAACGACAAAGUCUCCGGGACUUUUGGCGUAGUAUCAAAAAGAGUAAGAGAUUUGCCUGGGAACCUCCAAACUGCAACAACCAAUGUCCCUACGGGAAAGGCUCUGAUGUACUUUGGUCUAUUGCUUGCUGUUGGUGUGUUUUUUAUCUUCAUAGCAAUCAGCAUGUUCCUUCCUAUCAUGGUUCUAAUGCCACAGAAGUUUGCUAUAUGCUUCACAAUUGGUUGUAUAUUGAUCAUCAGCGCAUUCUUUGCUCUAAGAGGUCCAAAAAAUCAGCUUUCGCACAUGUUAUCAAAGGAGAGGCUUCCUUUCACAGCUUGUUUUAUUGGCAGCAUGGGAGGGACAAUUUAUGUUUCCAUGGUGUUGCACAGCUAUAUCCUUUGUGUGCUCUUCUCAGUGUUGCAGGUACUCUCACUGUCAUAUUAUGCCAUCUCCUACUUCCCUGGAGGGUCAUCCGGAAUGAAAUUCCUUUCUUCCACCCUUACGUCCUCAAUUCUCAGAUGUUUUGGAAGGUGACAGAUGUACACUUUUGACAUUUCCACAAUUGGAUGCUUUUUAGCCAUGUUUUGCGGCUGUUCAUCAAUGCAUGCCCACAUCUGUUUCAUUUUUAUUUAUUUGAACAAGAAUUUUAUACAGCUUUCAUUUCUUCAACUCAUUCAUAUUUUCAUGGUUUAAUUCCUAAUGAAAUUUUUUA